AUGCGCUCUCCACCGAAGCGCCUGACGAGAGCCAGGGCCGCGACCAAGGAGCCCGAGGCAGCAGCGUCAACAUCGGCGUCGAGGCCUGCAAAGGCUGUCACAGCUGCCGCCGCAAAGGCCAGAGCACCCCUUUCCUCAUCUCUGACCGCGAGCACGGCGAGCACGGCUGCUAAGAGGAAGACGAGGUCCGACGACGCGGAGGAGGAGCAGCGCCAGGCAUCGUCGCAGGUCAAACGCCCACGGGGGCGACCACCGAAGAAGCCCGUCGUCGGUGGGGAGCACAAGGGCGUCGCCAUGGCGCCUCCUGUUGCAGCUCCGAUUACAUCCAAGGCCGCUGAGCCAGCCCGGGGAGUCGAUUCGAAACCUGCGGUUACCGUGAGCCAGCCCGAGCCGGUGAAGAGGGCUCGCGGGCGGCCGCCAACAGUCAUGAAGCAAGCGACCUCCACGACGACAGUAGCCAACAAGCCCCCGGUCAAGAAGAUGGUCACGUUCCGGGAGCCUGACAAGGAGAACAUGGAGCCCGCGGCGGUGCCAAAGGAGCCUCCCCCCGCCGGGAUGCGCGGUCGUCCAGCAAGGCGGGGCGGGGCGUCCGCUGGUCGACCUGGGCGACCGGCUACGAAAGCCUCGAAGCCCCAAGCCGGAGACAAGAAGCCACUGGGACCUAAGAAGAUUACGCAGCUGAUUCUCUCGCGAACCGACUCUGCAGACGACUCCGAGGACGAGCUGGCGUUGGAGAAGCCGUUGGCAAAGAGCGAGAAGGCGCUGGCAAAGAGCCCGAUCAAACCCCCCUCGAAGAAGCUGGAACAGAUUCCCGCCGAGGUCGAGCACGUGGAGACGAAUAUUGCCGUCAACGCAAUGACGUUUGACAUGCCGGAUAUGAGCACAACGCUUUUCACAUCGCCAGCUAGGCGGCCUACGUCGCCACCGCGAGACACGAUCAAGUCUCCGGCCAAGAGGAUUGCCGUGCCCCUGCCCGGAUCCGCGCUCAAGCUGAGUAGCGAUGCGGUUGCCCAGACACCUUUCAAGUCAUCGGCCCCGGCCCUUCUGCAAUCAGCCGCCAAGCGGCCUCAAUCUGCCAUGAAGCCCUUCAUCUUCUCUGCGCAAAAGGAGCGACCAGGCGAAUCAUCGACAAAGCCUUCCAUGCUCCACUCACCGGCGAAGCGGGCAAUGCCAGGCUUCAAGCCCGUUUUGAGCGCGCAUCGAGGAUUCCCGACGCUGGAUGAGACUCCUGUUGGAACUCCGACUCGCCCUGCCAGAUCAUCGAGAAAGCUUAUGGUGGAGGAGGAAGCGCUUGAGGAGGGCGAGGAGGAGGAGCCUUUUGCGGGUCCUAUCGAGACUCCUCGGUUUUCUAAUUCUCCCUCUGCUGAACCAUCUUCUAGAGCGGGGUCCGCCGUUGCAGAGGCGGAGGAGGAAGAAGAGGAAGAAGAGGCAGAGAUUGCAGGAGAGGAGGAAGCUGAAGAGGCGGAGGAGCCAGAGGCCGAAGAAGAAGAGGCAGAAGAGCCAGAAGCCGAAGAAGAAGAGCCUCAGUCGAAUCCCCGCUUCUCACAGCUUCGACAGAAGGACUUGGAUCCCUGCCAUGAUAUGAGUUCAAUGUCCGAUUCCGAAGACGACACAUUGCCCUUUGCGAGAGUCACUGCCACUCCAUCUAUUAGCGGAGAGAAGACGCCGAGGGCCCGAGCCAGCCGCAGAUCGACUCUGGGGUUCGGAGGUCUAUCUGAACAGCUAGGAACCUGGUCAGCUGCAAGCCCCGUCAAGAACGCACGCUCAUUCGUGGUGGAAAAUGAGCCUGAGGAUGCCGAGGACGAAGGCCUUGAACACGAGGCCGAUGCAUCAAAUCAGGACACUCCAAUGAAGAAUGCAUUUUCAGGGAACGAAAUGCUGUCGGAAACGGAAGACGUUGCGGAAGACGCCGAGGAUCAGCAAUUGGACCAGGGAAUCACAAUCACAGACGAAGACAUGGCUCUGGCUCAAGAAGCGAACGAAAUGUCUCUGAUGGACUCCAAGGAGGACGACGAUGCCUCGAACACUCGCCACUCUUUCGACGACGGCUUGUCGGACGCCAGCCAGGAGUACGGGGACGAAAACCAGGUUCCGGUCGAAAGCCCUGCGCCUAGUGCGGCGCCUCAGGCACCACCGCCGGUCACUCCCGUGUCCCGGCCGGUAACGCGAUCAUUCAACACGACCACCAAGGUGCCCCUGAAGGCGUCCGACAAUUCCACCCCCAGCCCGCUGAAGAAGAAGAGCUUGAGCACCCCGCGAGCUGCUCCAAAGCGCUCCAGCCAGCCUAAAAAGGCUGCUCCUGUCUUGGCUUAUGCGCCCGAGAAGCCACGGAGGCGAAGCAUGCGGAACAUCAGCACCAUUUCCGAGGAGCCUGAGCAGCAGAGCGCCCAAGAACCGACAACGCCAGAAGCUAAAAUGGACCUGUGGGCAAGCAUCGGGACGCCGGCGCGCACUCCUCGAAGGGACCUCAACCCCAACCUGCUCCGCGGGGCCAUUGUAUUUGUCGAUGUGCACACGAGCGAGGGCGCGGAUGCUAGCGGCAUCUUCGUGGAGGUGCUCACGCAGAUGGGCGCUCGGUGUCCCCAGAAGUGGAACUGGAAUCCCAGCAGCCCAAGCAACGGCGAGUCGACCAAGGUGGGCAUCACCCACGUCGUCUUCAAGGACGGCAGCAAGCGCACCCUGGAAAAGGUCCGAGAGGCCAAGGGGGUCGUCCAGUGCGUGGGCGUCAGCUGGGUCCUGGACUGCGAGCGCGACAACAAGUGGCUGGACGAGGCGCCAUACAACAUUGACACGAGCAACGUUCCUCGCGGAGGGGCCCGUCGCCGGAAGAGCAUGGAGCCCAAGUCCAUCUCGAACAAGGAUGGCAGCGCGGACAGCAGCUCGUCCAAGGGGAGGCGCGAGUCGGCGCCUGGUUCGACGGCUAAGACGCCCAACCGCAGGCAGAGCAGCAUCUGGGUCCACACGCCGUCGGACGAAGGCGACAGGCCGGAGGAGGAAGAGGACAUUGAGUGGUCCAACCUCAUUCUGACGCCCGUGCCCAAGACGCCGGCCCCGGAGACACUUAUGAAGUUUGCUACCGAGACGCCGUCCAACCUGGACGAUGAUGAGGAUGACGAGGAAGAUGGGUCGCCGACGAGAGAGGAGCUAUUGAUGCGAACCUGCCCUCCCAAGGCGCAGAAGUACCUCGAGCUCGGCGGCGGCAUCCUGUCCAAGUCCAAGGACACGGAUGAGAAUGUGAUGCAGCGGCUGAUGGCUGCUCGACGCAAGAGCCUGCAGUUUGCCCCCAAGGUGGGCAGUCCCCUGGCCAAGAUGUGGCAAUGA